AUGGCUCGAGACGUGGCUGGAGGUCCGGCUAAGGCUCGUGAGGCGGCUUGGCGUUUGGCGAGGUUUCCCAGUGAGGACCCAGUUCUGUUCACGGGAACUAUGAGGAAGAACCUGGAUCCUUUCCACCAACACUCAGAUGAAGCUCUGUGGAAAGCUCUAGACGAGUUGCAGCUGAAGUCUGCGGCGGACGAACUGCCCCAGAAGCUGGAAACGAUUCUGGCCGAGUCCGGCUCCAACUUCAGCGUGGGUCAGAGGCAGCUGGUGUGUUUGGCCAGAGCCAUCUUGAGGAAGAACCGCAUUCUCAUCAUCGACGAGGCCAAACAAAGUCAAAUCAUGACAACAGAAGAGAUAACAAUAAUAGACGGAAUAUACAGAAUGUGCGCUUCACUAUUAUAA